AUGGCAUCAUUCAGCGAAGAAAUAAACGCAUCAAAAGAGAAGAUCAUAGCUUCAGGGACAAAGAUCAAAAUAACAAAAGCUCAAAAACAAUCAUCCGGACCGAAAGUGGCCACAAGGAGCCAGAAGAAAACCGGAGAAGAAGGAAAAGAAAACAACCAGCAACUAGAGAUGGCCGAGCAGUCGCAGACACAAGCAGGGACCAGCACGUCAAUCACAAACCAAUCGGCAGCACUAGAGGAACCUCACGGAACCAACGUAGGCAGCGGGUCGAACGGGAAUAAGGGAGAAGAGAAGGAGAAAGGAAACACGGAAGAAGAGGAAGAAGAAGACGACCACGAAACAAAGAAGGCAAAGUGGAUGAGCCGUACAGAACACGAAUACUACUUCGGAGACGUGAACCGUGCAGACGAGAUGCUACAAGCACUUAACGCAGUAUAUGGCGGAGCUUACCCAACGACUGAAGAAAGAGACCGGAUCACCAACAGUGUUGGGUACAACGUCCCAAACGGGACCCCCAACGUAGCUCGGGUGCCUCCUUCAGAAGUAGCAAGAGAGCGCCCAAGGACCGAGUCGCUAGUAGCAGGCGGAGAGAGCGAAAGCGAAGACGAAGUAGAGAUAGAGGAAAAGGCGGAGGAAAAAACGGCGGACACGCCGAAAACAAAAGAAAAGAAGAGGAAAGUGGCAGAGCCAAGUAGCGGAAGCGAAUCCGGUAAGACAUCCCUAACAAACAUCAGAUAG